GAUCAGGGAUGUGAAGGAUCAGCAACUGGAGGGAGUCAAGCCCAACCAAGGACCAGAUGACGAGGGCCAAGGAUAUGUUGGAGUCUAUCCCAGGGCUCUGAUCUGCCUGUCUGGGAAAAACUGAUGAAGUUUGAUGGCUCUUGGGAAGUUGUUACCAACUUAGGUCUGGGGAUAAGUAUUGUGGGACACAGAAUUUACAAAAAAAACAGAAAAGAAGCACCAGUGUUUUUAUAAAGAAUAAAUAAUUGUGCCCCAUGGUUUGUGGGAAAUACCAAGUUUCUUUUCUCCUGUUACUUUCAGUUUCUAUUCUCUUUCACUCCCCAGGAGGAGGGGGAGGAGGAGGAGAUGGAUAGAGCUCGGAAGUCAGAAUCAUAAUAAGUGAAUAGACUGCUGGGAAGCAAGAGACAGGCAAGGGGCAGAGAGACGGGCAAAGUUACUCUGGGGAUAAUACAGAGCAAGGACGGAAGAAUCAACGGAUCAGAAAUAGAGACAUUGUGGCAGGGAAAGAAGAAAUAACUGCAGAGAGCGAGUAGUGAAUGCAGGGAGAGGAGGAACAGAAGAGGAGGGAGGAAAGAUCAAACAUAGACAAGUAAAAAAGGAAUCAAGGACAGGAGAGUCCUGGAGAUCUGGAGAAAUCCAGGGAAAGCCACGGAACCAAUACAGAAAGAAAAAAAGAAAAGAAAUUAAAAAACAAAAAAAAACAAACCUGCUAUACAGAGAGACGGAACAAGGCUGCAGGGGGCAUCACCAUCAUUUCACAUGUGGACAAAUCAGUUGAUCAUGGUCCACACUGCGCGACUGUCUCGCCGGCUUUGUUCAGCAGGGGGCAGCAUGGAGCUGGGGCAGCUGGGCCACUCACUGGGGCUAAAUGGCCAGCAACUGGAGAGACUGGUGGAGGUGGAGGAAGGCCGCAGCUUGGUGUUGCGGGUCCAGGAAGGUGACCAGAAAGUGGCUGUGUAUCGCAGUGAUUUGCGCUUAUGCCAAACCCCCAAAUGUGCCGGGGAUUGUGGUCAACUCCAUCUGUGCCGCUUCUACAUACUGGGCAGCUGCAACAGAUCCCCUUGUAAAUUUAAUCACUGCAUCCGAAACGGCCACAACCUCUCGGUGCUUCAGAAAUUUCAUCUGGACUCUAUGCCCAUCGAUGAGCUGCGGCAACUUCUGUUACAGAAUGACCCCAACCUGCUGCCUGAUAUCUGCUCACAUUAUAAUCGAGGAGACGGGCCCCACGGUUCCUGCACGUAUAAGAACAAGUGCAACAAGCUGCACGUGUGUCAGCAUUUCCUGCAGGGAGACUGCAAGUUUGGGGAGAAAUGCAAGAGGUGCCAUGACCUCAGCGAGGAGGAGACUUUAAAGAAGCUGACAAAGUGGCAAUUAAGCGACAGCCUUUUGCCGGGGCUUCUAGAAACCUACACGAAUGCCCAUACCCUCAAGAGCAGCUGUGAUAGACCCCCACGAAAUGUUGUAAAAUCAGCAGAAAAAAAGACCAAACCCGGACCCUCUAAGUCUGGAACAUCCCAGGAAAUAGAGGAGAUCUGUCUGUACUUUAUCCGCAACAGCUGCAGCUUCAAAGAAAAAUGCGUGCGGGAACAUUUCCACCUGCCCUACCGAUGGCAAGUCUAUACCAAUGGCACCUGGAAGGACUUGGAUAACAUGGAAAUGAUUGAGAAAUCAUAUUGUGACCCCAACAGCAGAGCUGUGUUGGUGAAUUUGGACUUUGAAGCCAUGACUUACCAGUCCAAUAAGGUGAAACGCCUUUCCACUCCAUCCUCAGCAUCGAAACCUCCGCACUUUGUCUUCACCACAGACUGGAAAUGGUACUGGAUGGAUGAAUACAACAAGUGGGUCGAAUACGGGACAGAGAGUGACCGCCAUGCUAAUUCCACCAUCUGCAGCAGUGACCUGGAGAACUUCUAUCAGUCUAACCAAACAGCGGAUGUCAAAUUUAAGGCUGGAAAACACAAAUAUUCACUGAGUUUUAAAAAUAUGGUGCAGAGGAACUUGCAGUAUGAGACGAAGAGGAGGGUCUGCAGGAGGCCCGUGUUUGUAUCAGGCAAGGAUGUGAAGAAGAAGAGAUCCAGCACAUCAGAACCCUCAAAGGAGGAUAAAAACACACCAGAACAUUGGGACAAAGGGCAGACGCCGGACUUAGGAUACAAGUUGGUUCUGCUCUCUCCGUUGUCUGAAGAGUACAGCAAGAUAGAAGCCAUGUUUUGUCGUACAUUGAGGACUAUCCGCAUCCACAGCAUCGAACGCAUUCAGAACCUGGCACUCUGGGAGGUCUAUCAGUGGCAAAAGGAGCAGAUGAAGAAAUUAAACGAGGGGAAAGACCCAGAGGAGCGUCAACUUUUCCACGGCACCAAAGUCAAACUGAUCGAUGCCAUUUGUCAGCAGAACUUUGACUGGCGCAUCUGCGGGGUUCAUGGAACGGCGUAUGGGAAAGGCAGCUAUUUCGCCCGAGAUUCCUCGUAUUCCCACAACUACUGCAAACGCUCGAGUUCCCAAGCAAACAUCAUGUUCGUGGCCCGGGUGCUAGUGGGGAAUUUCACCCGUGGACACUCCUCUUACCUGCGACCCCCUUCCAAAUCUGAAUUUCGCUCCACCUCCUUCUAUGACAGCUGCGUGGACAGCAAGAGUAACCCCUCGAUCUUUGUGAUUUUUGAGAAGCACCAGAUCUACCCCGAAUACCUGAUCAAGUACUCUGAUAAAUGAGAUUUAAUCUCUGAGCACGGACAGAUUAGAUUGUCACCCCUUUGAACCCAAUCCCUACAUUUUAAGGUUCUAUGGUAACCAAUGUUUUUUUGGGGGAACUUGCUGUGUGUCAUGGGGGAUGCUGGAAGUUUAGGUUAAAGGAGAACUAAACUUUGAAAAUGAAUGUGAAAUGAAAGUGGGGUACUACUGGGGAGAAGGCAUAUUCAAGGGCACAGAUCUUCCCUGCUAAAGGGCCAUGGUUGCCGUGUGGUGGUACAGAACCCCCAAAACAUAAUGUGCAACUUUUAUGCCCUACUUUUUUAGGUGAGCUUUAGUUCUCCUUGAAAAUAUUUGCAGGCCUAAACCAAAUCCAGUAAUAUUACUAGGUUCCCAAGAGAUCAGCCUAAAGGACCCCAAACAUACCAGACUGGUCUGCCCUGGCUUUCUAGCUGGUGGCACCUAAACCCUAUUGCUGUGUGGUCAAUGUUGCAUUCAGUUUCUAUUAUUUCAAGUUCAAUUCUGCUUGAUUCUCCAUCUCAGCGCCUCUGUGCCAUGAUAUUUGCUAAAGUUUAUAUUUUGUUUUUUAGUGCCAGGAGAAUUUUCUAAACUACUAAGGCUUUAUUGGACUGUGCAGGUCAAACUACCCUCGUCUAAUUUGUUCACCAUUUACUGACUCGAUUUUGGUGCAAAUGAUGAGCAAUCCGCCCCGUUCUAAGUCACUACAAAGUCAAGGACAAUAAAUAGCACCAGGAUGGAGGUGUAACAUUUGUAGCGCACAACGGAGGUACUGCUAAUAUAGGCAGAACACGUAGUCAUUGUGAUACAGGUUAUUGACAAUGCGCCAUCUAGUGGCUGGAGGUCAGCACUGAGCACUGUGUAGAUUUAAAGCAUUUUUGAGGUCUGGCUUUACUGAACCCAGGGAGAAUUCUUUAACACAAUAAAAAAAAAAAAAAAGCACUGAUUUAGUAAAUGUAUGCCAAAUUGCCUUAAUAUAAUAUUACUGUAAUACUGAUUUAAGUUUAUUAAACCAGUAUACUAAAUAGCAUUGUGCGCUUUGCUUUUCAGCUUUGAAUUCUUGCUAAUAAACAUUUUUGUGCUAUA